AUGGACGAUGCCGCCGUCCUUAAAAAAAGAGGCUAUGCCAUGGGGGCAAAUUUAGGAGAAGGGUCUUACGCAAAGGUGAAAUCUGCCUUCUCUGAACGAUUGAGAUUUGAUGUUGCGGUAAAAAUCAUAGACCGAAGAAAAGCUCCUCCAGAUUUCCUGGAGAGGUUUCUUCCAAGAGAAAUAGACAUCUUAGCCAAAGUGAAUCACCGAUCCAUCAUCAAAACCUAUGAAAUCUUUGAAACGUCAGAUGGCAAGGUUUACAUUGUGAUGGAGCUGGGUGCCCAAGGGGAUCUACUGGAAUUCAUCAAGACCAAAGGGGCGAUGCCUGAAGACAUCGCACGGAAGAUGUUCCGUCAAUUAUGCGCUGCCAUUAAGUACUGCCAUGAUGCCGACAUUGUCCACCGGGACUUGAAAUGUGAAAACCUGCUUCUGGAUAAGGAUUAUCACAUCAAGCUUUCGGACUUUGGCUUCUCCAAACGCUUGACUCGCGAUGAAGAAGGCAAAAUUGUCCACAGCAAAACCUUCUGUGGCUCUGCAGCUUAUGCCGCCCCGGAAGUGCUACAAGGCAUCCCCUACGAGCCCAAGGUUUACGACAUGUGGAGCCUUGGCAUCAUUCUGUACAUCAUGGUCUGUGGCUCCAUGCCUUACGACGACUCAAACAUUCGGAAAAUGCUGCGGCUACAAAAGGAACACAGAGUGCAUUUCCCCAAGUCCAAAAACCUGACGGUGGAAUGCAAAGAUCUGGUUUAUCGCAUGCUCCAGCCCGAUGUUAACCGUCGGCUUCGCAUCGAAGAGGUCUUGAGCCACGUCUGGAUGCAGCCUCUUAGAGCCAGGGCUGUUUCGACAACUUCUGUUGCAAAAAACGGAGAGUGCUCCCGGACUGUGGGUGAGCAGAAGUCAGACCACAAAACAGAAAUGGAAGCCAGCAAUAAAUCCGAGUCCAAAUUGGUCACACCAGCCCGCCUGGAAGCAGUAGAAGAAGUAGAGGAACAGUUUGAGAAGGAACAGCAAGACAACAUGGAAGAGAUGCUGGCCCAGUUUCAGGACACAGACAUCUAA